UUCAAUUUACACCUUCUUCUCUCUCUCUUCUUUCUCUCUUCACUCUACAGUGUAAAAUCUCAGAAGAAGAGGAUUGUCUACAUUUUUAAAUAAAAGAGAACAGAUUCAUGAAGGGUCUAGCAGUGCUAAUUUUGUUGCUGGCGUUAAAACAUAAUAUUGAACAUACUGAAGCUCAAUUUGACAGAGAAUGCAAAUUCAACAAGCCUCUGAAACCCAGACCUCACAGUGCAUCAGUGUUGGACUUUGGGGCUGUGGGUGAUGGGGAGACUCUAAAUACUCUGGCCUUCCAGAAUGCCAUUUUCUAUCUCAAGUCCUUUGCUGACAAAGGUGGAGCACAGCUCUAUGUUCCAGCUGGAAGGUGGCUGACCGGAAGCAUAAAGCUUACCAGUCAUCUCACACUUUUCCUUGAAAAAGAAGCCAUCAUUCUGGGAUCAAAGGAUUAUGCUCAUUGGGAUAUAGUUGAAGCCUUACCCUCUUAUGGUGGAGGUAUUGAGGCACAAGGUGGAAGAUAUCGCAGCUUGAUUUUUGGAAAUAAUUUAACUGAUGUUGUGAUAACAGGUAAUAAUGGAACAGUUGAUGGCCAGGGUUCUAUAUGGUGGGAGCAGUUCAGUGACCAUUCUUUAAAUUAUACUCGACCACACCUAGUAGAAUUUGUUAGCUCCAAAGAUGUUGUCAUCUCAAACUUGACCUUCCUGAAUGCUCCGGCCUGGAAUAUUCACCCGGUUUAUUGCAGUAAUGUUGUGGUUCAGAACAUAUCGGUUCAUUCUCCAGCUAACUCCCCAUAUACCUAUGGCAUAGUCCCAGAUUCUUCCGAGCAUGUCUGCAUUGAGAACAGCAACAUUAGCAUGGGUCAUGAUGCUGUUGUUCUCAAAAGCGGUUGGGACGAGUACGGGAUUUCCUAUGGGAAACCUACUUUGAAUGUCCAUGUUCGAGAGGUUAGGCUGCAGUCUUUUGCAGGUGCUGGAAUGGCUUUUGGCAGUGAGAUGUCUGGUGGUAUCUCCAAUGUGCUAGUAGAGCAUGUAUACUUGCAUGACUCCCUUUUUGGGAUUGAGCUGAAGACGGCAAGAGGAAGGGGUGGUUAUAUCAAAGAUAUUCUCGUUAUGGAUGUGGUCAUGGCAAAUGUGCAAGUGGGAGUUGAGGCCACCGGUCAUUGUGAUUCUCAUCCGGACGGGAAAUUUGAUCCGUCUGCAGUUCCAGUUGUUAGUGGUAUCACUUUUGAGGACAUUGUUGGCACAAAUGUUUCCAUAGCAGGCAAUUUCACUGGAUUAUCUGAAUCUCCCUUUACUUCAAUAUGUCUAUCAAAUGUCACCUUUUCCAUUUCUUCCAACCCUACACCAUGGCUAUGCUCUGAUGUAUCUGGUUCUUCUCAAAAUGUGUCUCCUGAACCAUGUCCCGAGCUCGAGACUUCAUUUUCUAGUACUACUUCAACUUGCUUCGGCCUCUUACCUCACCCUUACAGUCAAGUUGCAGUUUUGUAAGCGAAACAAUUCAUUUCAUUGAAACUAUACAAUGAGACACAUUUCAACCUCCAGUGCUGGUGUACAAUUCCCCAAUAAGAUGCAAUGCAGAAUCUUCGGUCUUGUUCUUUUGCAAGUGGACAUCAAGAAUCCGAUGAUACAAAUAUUUUCAAAGUGGCCUGAGAUCGCUGAUUGUCGCCUGUGUACAGCGUCAGUUUCUUCGUUCACAUAUAGGAGAAGUUUUGGUAGUGCAGCAAAUCCAGAUGAGUUGUUCUUUUCCUGUCAUUUGUUCAUGUUGAGCUUUUUGUCAUUUGUCUUACAUUUGUAAAAUAGGCAGCAAAGAAGGGGUGUUACAGUUGAUUGUCAUUAUUGAAAUAACUUUUUUUUGUCAUUUGAUUGAAUUGAAAAGAGUUGUUAGUACACGAAGUCUUGAGUUGAAGGUAUCAAAUUACAAUUUUUUUAAGGUUA